CCGGACGCGCGUCGAGCGCUUUUCCUGUCACGCCCAACAUGGCAGCCGCCUGUCGGUCGGUAAAGGGCGCCGCCAAGGCCCUGAGCUUACAGGCCCUGUGGAGCGCUAGAGCUGACAAGGAAGAAGAGGCAGAGGGGGCGGCGGCCGCCGCUAGCGGUGGGCCCCUGGAGCUGUGGCGGGAGCAAGGCGCGGAGGAGAGCGACGCUGCCGCCGUCUGCUCUAGGCCCUGGGAGCCGGGGCAGCCCACGGCGGUGGCCGCCCUGCUGGCGCGGUGCCUGGCGGCGGGCGCCGUGAGCCAGGAGACAUUGGAUUUAACCAACAGAAAAGACCCGUGCUUUGUGAAAUUCUCAGAGAUCGAAAAAAUAGCAAACAUGCAAGCUGAAAUCAAUGAGAAGAAACUGAAAACUGAAAUUCUGCAGUUGGAGCAGGAGACAGCAGACAUUGCUCACCCUUUUUACUUAGGCAAAAAAUGUGAGAUUUUGCAAGAUAUGAACAGACACUUGGAAGCAGUACUGAAAGAGAAGAGAACUCUUAGGAAGAUGUUGAUAAAGCCCAGAUGUCAAGACAGCCUGCCUAUUGAGGCUACUUUCCACAAGUAUGUAGUAGAGUUGUUGGCUGAGGCUGUGACUUUCAUUGAGAACCUUGAAGGCCAUUUGCAGACUGUAAGAAGCAUCCCUCAGAUACCAAACGUCAUGAAGAGUAUGGGCACUGCUUUGAGAAAAACAGAGAUGCUCGUGAUGGAGUUGGAGGAACUGGCAGACCAAAUAUUGAAAUGGAGCAAACUGCAGAAAGAUGUGUGUUCUGACAGCAUCUGCAAUACUGCUGGACUGGACUUUGGCUUAUCUUUAACCUGACAAAUCAUUUUCCUCAAAUAGGAUGCAUAUUCAAAGAACUACCUUUUUACAGUCUCCCGUGAAAACUACAACAUAGUUGUGCUUUAAUCCAACAGGGACUUUGUAGGUAGUUUUAUAUUUCUGUUCUUACGUAACAGUUCUCCAACUAGUAAAAAAAAAAAAAAAAAGGACAGUAGCUCACAGAAGCAGUAGCUCACAGGAGGACAGACUACUGAGAAGACUGUUAAGGAGUUCCUUUUUGAAAUAGUUGGACAGGAUUCCCUUGGAGCCUAUAUCUUCAGUGCAAAUUUGUUUUGAUAUUUCUCACGCACUUGCUAUAGUGUCUAUGUUCAUUUUUAUAUGUGUUUUGAUAAUACACUGUGUUUUGUAUGUCAUUAUAAAACUUCAAUAAAAGCACUACAUUUCAAGA